UUUGAUCUCUAAAGCAAUACAAGCUAAAGUCUUGAUGUAUGUAUACACCUGUUGGUAUAUGUGAUUUUUAAGAUUUCAACGUAGUUGGAGAGUGAAGAUGUAAUUUUGAGGGUACUGUAGUUUCAUGUCUUCUGUGUGGAACAGUCUGUUUUACCAGUAGGGAUUCUUUUCUGGAGAUAAGUUUGAGUGAUUGAGACUUAACUUCAUUUCGUCUCUUUCAAAAAGUGAAUUCCUGACUAUUCUAGUAAGUGUGCUCUUUUUGCUUGCUUCUUCAUGUAAGUCUCUGCCUCUUACUCCUCACCCUGCCUAUAUAAUACCACAUUCUAGCCUAAAGUCAGGCUACUGGUUGCGUUAAUACCAUCUGUGUGGCUUGAUUACAGCAAUCAUUUUUUCAUUUCUGAACCUGUGAAUAAAGGAAAAACUGAAUGUCCUAGUGGAGCAUCUCCAGGGUAUACUAAUUUUUCAGGUCUCCAUGCAAUGUCAGAAUGUGCUUAAAUGUGGUUUGUUUCCUAGGUUCCUUCAUCAGCAGUCUCUGAUAAGAAGACAGGUUGUUCCCUCUGCUUUCAGCAGUUUCUUUCCAUGAGCAGAAAAGGUGCUUUUGCCCUCUGCAUCAGUAAUAGGUCCAGACCCACAUGCCGACAGCCGUAUCAGAAGGCUGACCAUCCAGAGUGUUCUCCAAUGUUUUAUUUUCAGUUUGCUGCUCUAGAGUGCCUGGUCUACCACAGUGGAGUGCUGCAGAAUCCAAGGGCCUCGCUGGAGGAAUUAGGGCACCCUUGCUGCGGAGCACACAGGACCUGGGGACUGAGUUUGCCCUAAAAGAAAUCAUGUCAUCAGGAGGAGCUGAAGAUGAUAUUCCUCAAGCAGAGAGGAAAACAGUGACAGACUUUUGCUACUUAUUGGAUAAAUCUAAGCAGCUAUUCAAUGGCUUAAGGGAUUUACCUCAGUAUGGGCAGAAGCAGUGGCAAUCUUAUUUUGGGCGAACAUUUGACGUUUACACCAAACUCUGGAAGUUUCAACAGCAACAUCGACAAGUAUUGGACAAUCGGUAUGGGUUGAAGCGGUGGCAAAUUGGGGAAAUUGCUUCCAAGAUUGGGCAGCUCUAUUACCAUUAUUACUUGCGCACUUCAGAAACCAGCUAUCUCAAUGAAGCUUUCUCCUUCUAUUCAGCAAUUAGGCAGAGGUCAUACUACUCCCAAGUCAACAAAGAAGACAGGCCCGAAUUAGUGGUUAAGAAGCUGCGUUACUAUGCAAGGUUUAUAGUGGUUUGUCUCUUGCUCAACAAAAUGGAUGUUGUAAAGGACCUUGUAAAGGAGCUGUCAGAUGAAAUUGAAGACUAUACUCAUCGUUUUAAUACUGAAGAUCAGGUGGAGUGGAACCUGGUUCUUCAGGAAGUGGCAGCAUUUAUUGAGGCAGACCCUGUCAUGGUUUUAAAUGAUGACAACACCAUUGUAAUCACCUCUAACCGGCUUUCUGAAACAGGAGCUCCAUUGCUAGAGCAGGGAAUGAUAGUGGGACAGCUUGCUCUUGCAGAUGCGCUGAUUAUUGGGAACUGCAACAACCAGGUCAAGUUCAGUGAAUUAACAAUUGAUAUGUUCCGAAUGCUACAAGCACUUGAAAGGGAACCAAUGAAUUUAGCAUCACAAAUGAACAAACCUGGAAUGCAGGAGUCGACAGAGAAACCAGCCAGGCGGGAAAACCCCCAUAAAUAUCUACUUUAUAAACCAACUUUUAGCCAGCUAUAUACAUUUUUAGCAGCAUCAUUUAAGGAGCUGCCUGCAAACAGUGUACUGCUGAUUUACUUGUCUGCCACGGGCGUGUUUCCAUCAGGUCGUUCGGAUAGUGAAGGUCCAUAUGAUUUUGGUGGCGUUCUGACAAAUAGUAACCGGGACAUUAUAAAUGGGGAUGCUAUCCACAAGCGAAACCAGUCUUACAAAGAGAUGCAUUGUCUUCACCCUGGAGAUCUCUACCCUUUCACAAGAAAGCCCCUGUUUAUCAUUGUGGACUCUUCAAACAGUGUCGCCUAUAAGAAUUUCACAAACUUAUUUGGACAACCAUUGGUGUGCUUGCUUUCUCCAACAGCAUAUCCAAAAGCAUUACAAGAUCAGUCUCAGCGGGGUAGCCUCUUCACACUCUUUCUGAACAAUCCUUUAAUGGCAUUCCUGUUUGUCUCUGGAUUAUCAAGCAUGCGCAGAGGAUUGUGGGAGAAGUGUCAAGAUUACCUUAGAAAAAUCAACCGAGAUAUUGCCCAACUGCUGACCCACUCACGAUCCAUAGAUCAGUCCUUUCUUCAAUUUUUUGGGGAUGAAUUUCUUCGCUUGCUUCUAACAAGAUUUAUCUUCUGUUCGGCUACUAUGAGGAUGCACAAAAUUUUCCGGCAGGAGACUCGAAAUUAUCCAGAAUCUUAUCCUCAACUGCCAAGAGAUGAAACGGUGGAGAAUCCUCACCUCCAAAAGCACAUUUUGGAGCUGGCUUCCAUACUGGAUGUUAGGAAUGUUUUCCUGGAAAACACCCUCGAUGACUAUUAAAAGAAACUGUCUUACUGCAAAGGGGUUUCCCUGGCCACAGAUUUUGAAUGGUGCAGUUUUAUAAUGUGAAAAUCAUAAAAGGAAGUACUUGAUUUUAUUUUUAAAUUUAGGACCAUUAUUUUAAAAAGUAAUACUAAACAGCUGUUAGUUUAGCUGUUCCAUUCUGUAUGGGGUCAAUUUUAUAAGCAGAAGUUUUCAUGUCUUUUAAAUGUUAAACUAAAGAAUCACUAGAGGUUUAUUUCUGGUCUUGUGGCUAUCAACCACAUUUCCAACAGCUGAUCCUAAGCAUAGAAGUAUUAUUGGUUACCUUUAGCCCACAUUUGUGGAAAUCCUUUAUUUUUAUACAAUUUUAAGAAAUUGGAAAAAAUCAAUAGAAAAACAAUAUUUUAUCCCCAAAGAGUCUGGAUUUGAAAUGGUAAAGAUGGAACCACAUAGUGCAAACCAACAAUAGCAAUAAAACAGAGUCCUUCGUAAAUAUAUUUUUGCAGUCUUAGGCAAGUAAGUAGACAAAACUGUGGACAAUUAAGUUGCAUUUGGAGCAGUGGGUUUGAAGUGAAGUUGUAAAGAUACUUAAUGCUCCCUAUAAAUUUGACACAGCAAUUUUAUAUAUGAACUUUGUACUGCUGGCCAAGGACACAAUUUCCACUCUGCCUGAUUGAGUAGAUGGUUAGCAGAUGAACAAAUUGCAAAACUAAGAAAGCUAGCCCCCAUCUCUCACUGUAAUAUGGGUCAUCUUGCCAUUUGUAUUGCUGCCACAGUUUUCCAGGAGGAGGGGGCAUUCUUCAUUUUGAGGUACUAGAUGGAAUUACAUUUCCAGCAGGUGUUAAUCCCUCCUUUCCAUGUGUGGAUGGAAUGUGUGGCUCCCACAGUGUUACCAGUCCCUGAUAGGAGCUGAAAGAAUGUCCCGUAUAGUGCUGAAUACGAGCCCUUCCUAUCACUCAUUUAUCUGACCAAUCUGUGCUGGAUCCCUGUGCCUGAGGAGAGAUGCUGAUGCUCCUCUUGCAGGUUAAACAAAGUGUGUGCUGCCAUAAAGCCCUGUUAAUGUUUUGCAUGCCCACCAUUGCAUCUCAGUCCUAUCUUUGAACCAGUAAAACUGAGGGACUGUAAUUAUGUGUGGCAGCACUAUAGGAUCCCUCAGCCCAUAAUGCUCAGUCUGGGUACAUUAAGGAGUAGAGUGGCCUUUGUAAAGACACUUGCUGGAGAAGGCUGUUCUGACUGCUGGGAAAACUUGCUGACUCGUUUGGACUGUAGUGCCUUCCUUGCAGAGCUACAGGACCUCUUGCAACUCCUGACAGUGAAAGUGUGAGCAACAAGAAGGAAAUGAAAAUAUUUUAAACUAUUAAAUGAAAAAGUCUAUUGUCACUGUUCCAUGAGCUGCUAGAAAAGAAGUGAAAGGACAAGUCUGAUCAGUGCUUUUAUGUUGAACCCAGCCAUGUUUCUAUUUUUAGAGAUGCAGAACUUGGUGACUACCAGAGUAUCAUGGUAGGCCUGUUUGGAAUGCCAUCGUACAAGGUCUGAUCUAGUCAGCCGGAAUAGCGAAGGGCAGCAGGUCAGCACUGGUGGACCCCAUUCAGCUGAGGAGAGCACAGGAUGGACCAGUAAGAAUCACUGGAGUGUAGCUGGGAGGUUUGCAUGAAGGUUCUUUGUAGCUGGGCUGAAGCUUAUGCCAUCCAGUCUUUAAUUUCCCAAGGGUAAAAAUUUCUAUGAAUGCUAGUGUUUGUUCUCAGCAGUCUUGAAGCUGGUAUAUUGAGCCCCCCACCACUUGGUGCUGCUCUUCUUUGGACUAUGGCAGGACUUCAUUACCUGGGAUGUGGAGUUUAUUUUAAAGAGUGUGUGUUUGUGUGUGUGCAUGUGUAUUCUAGGCGUUUGUGUGUAUAUGUACAAUACGCAUACAUCUACUGGCUGGUGUAAAUUGUAAAUAUGUAUAUAUGUAUAGGUACUUGUAUAUGUAUUAAAAAGAAUGAAACAGUACAAUGUCUAUAUACAAAAUUUAUAUAUACACACAUACGCCAUUUUGGGUGCAUUCCACAAGGUGUUGCAGAUCAUUUGUGGUUGUAGUAAAGGUUAUGGUUCUUCUGCCAUUGUAAUUUGCUGUUUCCACUUGGACCUUGACAUAAUUCAUAACUGAUUUCAGGUACAGGAGGCCUUAGUUAGCCAGGGGAAUGAGUACUCCUGUAUGUAUUACAGUGAUACAAUUAAUGUAUUCUUAACUGUGAAGCUGAUGAUCUGCCUUUCUGGUAGGAGGUCCCCAGUUAUUAAAACGUGGGAUUGUAUGUAGAAGCUAGAGAUACGGAAAGCCUUUAAUGCAGCAGCAAGUGAGAGACGGGUUAUCUCUUGGCCUGCCUGCUGUUCCUCCACCAGCAGUGUUCAACUUGCAUGGAAAAGGGGAAUUUAAUUUUCCCCAGCUCACUGCCUUCCAACCAAAUGCUUUUGUUUUGCUUUAGCUUUUGCUUUGAUGAAGCUAUUCUCAUUUUGGUUCCGUAUAUCUGGAAAAGAGUGUGCUAUUUCUAAGCAUAGGAGUGAUGAUGCUUACAUUAGUGUGGGCUGGUCAACCUCUGUGGUGGGACGUUGCUUGUCAGCUGCCUGGGAAAGCCUGGGCAGACCCAGUCUUCAUUUUAGCUGGGCUGAAGCAAGGAUUCCUUGCUUGUGAUCUAAGAGGCUUCUAAUCCACUUUGCAGCCCUGAGAAGAGGUUCUUUUUGCUAGUUACCAAGGUAGAUCUAAUGAGAGGAGAAUGCACUUUUUAAAAAAACAAAACAAAAAUACCUGAAGAAGCUAGAAUGUAGGAGGAGAAUAUAAGGCCUUGAAAAUUAGUUCAGAAGUUGAACUUAUCAGUGAUGACUGUCCAAGCCAAAAAUUCAUUCUUGAGGUCCCUCAUUCUCUUCUUACCUACUGACCUUUUGUUCAGACGUAUGCUGCUGGCAGGGAUAUUCAAAGAUAAAGAUUUCACUCCUGUUGUGUCGGUAGCAGUACGAAAUCGUACUUUGUAAGCAAAAGGCUGACACCUUCUGUCUGCUGUAGCUGUAGAUAGGAUGAGUAUCUGGUCUUGGAUUUUGAGCCAGCCCCCUCCCUUCCCACCCAAAGCAACUGCAUUCAAGAUGAAAAUACUCGUAUUUUCCCCUCCAAGUAAAAGCUUGUCUUGCUUGAACUUACUAAGUCAUUCUAAACUUGUGCUACUGUGUACUGUGUGCUAUGGUCGUAGGUACCUUCUCGAUGUAUGCUUGUGUGUACUGAAGAAAAAUUUGGUUUAUGUAUCUAGCAGUCCUCAGUGUGGAAGCGAAGCAAAGACUGAACCAUUUUUAAGUGAGAAGAGAACAAAUCCUUUUGUUCUCAGGCCUAAUGCCUUCCCUCUUGUCUCGCUCUCCCUUUCUCCAUAUAUCUUUAUUGCUUAUGUUAGCAGAGAAGACUUGCCACCACCAGGCAAUAUCAAAUUAAAGGGGUAAAUUCUGUAUGUAAUACAUUGAGAGGAGAAUUUGAUCUGGACUUAAUGUGUCCUUACUGGACUACUUCUGCCUAGCUCCCUACUGCAUGUGAUACGUUCAAAUGAAUCCUGCUCCCACAGUAGGCACCUCAGUUUGUACUCCUGUUCAAACUGGCUUUAGAACACCUAGCCAAAGUUACUGCUGUUGCCUUUUGUUUUUUCCCCUUUGACUUUUCAAAAUAACAAUGACAGGGGAAUACAGGGUUAUGAGUCUUUAAUACUCCAUUUUUUAAUUACUCUCGGGAUGCGAUGUGUCAUUUUGCUUCAUGUGCAAGCUAAAUGGAGCACUGACUUCUGUGAGCUCUGCAAACUGGACUUGCUCCCUGGAGUGCUUUCCUGAGAAGUUUCAGGGUCGUUCGUUUGGGUAGUUCAUCAAAAUAAUAUCCGUCAAGUCAUGACUUACAAAACCCCUCAAGCCUGUUCCCCAGAGAGAUGUGCAGAGAUGUCUUUUAAGGAUCAUAGGAAAUAAAUAGAUGGGGGGGACAGAAAAUUAGGCUUCAAAUAAUAAUCUUCAAGAGCUACAGCUUCAGUAGCUCUGGUCAGGCUUCUCCUCUAAGGUCGGGAUGAAAGUGCCACUCCAAGAUUCAUGCCUGGCAUGCUGUUGUGAAGCACCUCCCCUGCCCCGCCACCCUUCCUAGUGCUGUAACUCCAUGCUGUGCUUCAAGUCUGCUUUUUCCUGAAAGCUAAAAAGCUUAGAAUCUGUCUGAACAACUUUUUUGUCUUGAGGCUUCUUUUGUAAAAGCUUUAUCUAUGUUAGAUUCUUCAGUAACUGUUCUGACUACAGAUCACCAAUGAUAGCAGUGGCAGAGCCCUCAUUUAGUCCUGCCUGUUCCAUGUGAAGUGGCUGCUUUGUGUCCGUAGCUGAUUUGUGGUGGCUGCUGCUGCUCCUGGGGCUGAGGGAGCUCUGCAGGCAGUAACAGCAACAGUAAUCUUACAAACAAGGGAAAAAAUCUGAUAUAUGAAUCUGAAAGCUGCCCUGUGCAACUCGGUAACAUUAGACUAGCUGCAGUCAGCCUCUGUGUGAGGGAUACUGGUGCAGAGGACAGGGGCAAAGAUGUCCAGAGCAGAGAGAUGAUACAUUUCUGAGGUGGCUCUCUUACAUUUUUAGUAUCUUUGACUUUUAGAGCAAUACUGUGUCUGUGACCAAAUGUAUUGCAAGUGCUUUGAAGAUUUGGAUGUCCAGAAAUAGAGCAGGGGAGGAACACAUAAGACACACGUUAUCUGCUUUAUAUUUAGGAGUGAAAGUAAGCCACUUUUUUUUUUUUUUUUUCCCCCUCCAAGCCAUUACUCUGCCAAGGCAGAGGAGAUUUAGUUCAAGAUUUCUGAAGUUGAGUGAUCUUCUGGGGGACUAAAGACUGCCUCUGAAUUCCUGUUGACGACUUAAUGUACCAGCUGCCCAGAUGCACGCAUUAUGUUUUGCUCUUAAAGAACCUGGUUUCAUUCACAUCGAGACCAGACUUCAAUGCAACUUGCUGGCCCAAAGGAGCCCCUGAGCAGUGCAGAUCUUACCAGAUCUAGUAAGAGCAGCUGUUCCUGCAAGAAUAAAAGCCUGUUGCGAGUACCUGCCCCACUGACUUUGCAGAUUUCUUUUGGCACGUGUUCGUUAAUACUGAGAAGUGGUAAGUGACUUGUUAGGAGCAGGAUUCUGCCUCACGCAGGCUGAAAAGCACAAGUUGCUUCUGCCCUGGGCAAGGCUCAGCGAGAAGGACAAGGGGAAUGCAGGCGGGAGAGGGAGGGAGCGUUCUGGAAACGCAGAGGAACUGUGCCUCGGAGAGUCCCUCUGCAGAGGCAAGAGAAGCGUUUUGCCUCUCUGAGAAUCAGAUUAUUUAUUACCAAAAGUAAUUUUAUAGUGAAUUGGUUUAAAGUUAUUUUACAGCCAUGUGCCUGUAUAUCAUAUUUUGGUAAAAACAGAUAUUUUACUUAAAAUAUAGUUAUAUAAAUAAACUUUUUUGGAGCAAAUAGACUUUUUUUGCAGGGGAUCUGUAAAUCGCCGAAGCGAUGCACUACCAGAAACUGUUCUGCCAUUGUUCUUGGUGUCUUUGGGAGGAAAGAAGUAUGUUUGUAUUACUGCUGGAAAUUUCGGGGGAAAAGUAAAAGCUAAGACGAAAAUGAGAAGAACUGCUGUUAACUCCAUUUCAGAAACGACCACCUGACUUUCCACCGUGGUUUGUAUUAGUACUAAAAGCCGAAAGGCAAGGCCUGCUUCCUGCUGCCCCCCCCCCCCCUUCAGCCUUUUCCAGUGAAUUUCGAGGAGAUUUCUGUACGCUUCUGUUUCCCUCAGCGGCCCCCCGUCCCGCUGUCCCUCUGGUUUUGCUGUGUACGAGCCGUUCGCUGUUCCUCUCUGUAUCUCGGGGUCGGCGGGCACCGGGGGCUGCUCUACCCCGCCCCCCGCCGCCGGGGGAGGGCUCUGCCGUUCGCCGGGCGCUGUUCGUGUUCCCGCACGUGUAAUUCUUUGCCUGUUGUCAGAACUACCUUGCCUUUCCGGCCGUGUCCGAGGAGUUUAUCGUUAAUAAACUGUGGCAAAUGCUUGUAA